GGGUGUCGCUGCCCUCAAUCUGAAACAACCAUGAGUCCCAAAAAUGUUGUUUUCAAGAAGAUUUGCAAGGACAAGUCGGUCGGGGUCUACAUGGGGAGACGAGACUUUGUGGACCGUGUGGACUCUGUGGAUCCCGUCGAUGGCGUCAUCCUCAUUGAUCCCGAGGCUCUGCAGGGGAGGAAAGUGUUCGUCACCCUGUCCUGCACCUUUCGCUACGGCAGAGACGACAUGGACGUGAUGGGGAUCGCUUUCCGCAGGGAGCUGUACCUGUCCACUCGCCAGGUGUACCCGCCUCUGCUGGACCGUGAGAAGGGAGUCCACACCACGAUGCAAGCCAAGCUGCUGCGCAAGCUGGGAGACAACGCCCAUCCGUUCUUCUUUGAGUUUCCGGACAACCUGCCUUGCUCAGUGGCUCUGCAGCCAGCGCCCCACGAUGUGGGCAAGCAAUGUGCCGUGGAGUUUGAGAUAAAAGCGUUCAGCGCUGAGAGCCAGGACAGUAAAGUCCAGGGACGGAGCUCGGUGAAGCUGCUGCUCAGGAAGGUCCAGUACGCCCCAGAGAGCAAGGAAGAGGCGCCUUCUGUGGAAACCACCAAGGAGUUUGUCAUGUCGGAGAAACCGCUGCAUGUCAAGGCCAGUCUGGAUAAAGAGCUGUACUACCACGGUGAGGUCAUCAAAGUCCACGUCAACGUUACGAACGACUCUAGCAAAAACAUCAAGAACAUCAUCGUCUCUGUGGAUCAGGUCUCCAAUGUGGUGUUGUACUCCAACGACAGCUACGUCAAAUCCGUGGCCAUCGAGGAGCCGGGGGAUUCAGUGCCUCCUGGAGCGACUCUGACCAAAGUCUACGCUCUGCUGCCCCUGCUGGUCAACAACAGGGAGAGACGGGGCAUCGCUCUGGACGGCAAGCUGAAGCAUGAAGACACAAACCUGGCUUCCUCCACGAUUGUGAAGGAGGGCGUGCUGCAGGAGGUGAUGGGGAUCAUCGUUUCAUACAGAGUCAUGGUGAAGCUCAUCGUGGGAGGGAUGAUGGGAUCAAGUGAAGUCAGCCUGGAGGUCCCCUUCAAACUGAUGCAUCCUAAACCUGACGCAGUGAAGGAGAGCGAGAUGGAGGAGGAGGUGGAGUUCCUGGAGUUUAAGCGAGCCUACCUGAAGGGGAUGAUCGAUGACGAGGAUGAGGAAGGACACGUGUCGGGUGGCGAGGACAUGGCGCCCGCGGAGAAAUAGAGAAGACAGCGGGACUUUGAAUCGCCUCAGUGUGUGAUAGAAAAGUUAUUGAAGGGGCCAUAUGGUGGUUUAGCAUGCUUUGGUAGCACAUACCUAUACUUCACUGUGUAUGCAUUAUUGUUGAUGACCACAAGGGGGCAGAAAAGUCCAAAAGCAAGAAGGAUUCGUUUGUUCUGUUAGUAUUUAGCGAAUUAAAUCAAGCAAAGAGA